AUGGUGGAGGAUGAAGGAAGGAAUCAGAAACACAUGAAGCAUAACGUGCUUAUGAGUUUUCUUGUGUUGUUGGGUGCGUAGCGCGUGUCACUCCUACUACUGCAAUCAAUCUGCAUACUCCAUCAUCAUCAUCAUCAUCCAACUCCAGCUUCAAAUUCCCCUUGUUCCUUUUCCUCUACGUUUCCCUUCCAUCACUGCAAUGCCACCUCCAUUCACGGCUUCUUUGUUUAUUUAAAUGGGGUGGAUGGAAUUUAUGGAGGCUAGUUAGAAAAGAUAAGUGGUAACUUGUGAAAAUUAAAAAGAACAUGGCUCCGGCUAGCAAGGCUGAGAAGAAGGCAGCAGUGGAUGCAGCUGCAUGGAUGUUCAACGUUGUCACCUCUGUUGGAAUUAUAAUUGUAAACAAAGCUUUGAUGGCUACAUAUGGCUUCAGUUUUGCUACAACAUUAACAGGUCUUCAUUUCGUUACCACAACUUUGAUGACUGGCGUUUUAAGGAUGCUCGGAUAUGUCCAGCCAUCUCAUUUACCCUUGUCUGAACUUUUGAAGUUUGUUGUCUUCGCUAACUUCUCUAUCGUUGGAAUGAAUGUCAGUCUAAUGUGGAAUUCAGUUGGAUUCUAUCAAAUUGCUAAGUUGAGUAUGAUCCCUGUAUCUUGCCUGUUGGAAGUUGUUCUAGACAAGAUUCGGUAUUCAAGAGACACAAAACUGAGCAUAGGUGUAGUUCUUUUGGGCGUUGGUGUUUGCACUGUUACUGAUGUGAGUGUUAACACAAAAGGUUUUAUUGCUGCCUUAAUAGCAGUAUGGAGCACUGCUCUGCAACAAUAUUAUGUUCAUUAUCUUCAACGAAAGUAUUCACUAAGCUCAUUCAACCUUUUGGGGCACACAGCGCCUGCUCAGGCUGGAUCACUACUGUUAGUGGGCCCGUUUCUAGACUAUUGGUUGACAAACUACAGAGUCGAUCAAUAUGCUUAUGACGCAUACUCACUGAUGUUCAUAAUUCUGUCAUGCACCAUUGCAGUUGGGACCAACCUCAGCCAGUUUAUCUGCAUUGGAAGAUUCACCGCAGUUUCUUUCCAAGUACUAGGCCACAUGAAGACAAUACUUGUCUUGAUAAUGGGGUUCUUUUUCUUUGGGAGGGAGGGUCUCAAUCUUCAUGUGGUUUUAGGGAUGGUAAUAGCUGUGAUUGGAAUGAUAUGGUAUGGCAAUGCCUCAUCAAAGCCUGGUGGAAAAGAACGCUGGAGUCACUCUCUCCCCACCAGCAAAACAUAAAGCUGAUAGUUUAACACCAUACAUAACAUGUUUGGAUCCGUUUAUUUUUUCUCAAUUGAUUCUGGCAGUUAGAAGCUACUCAGAAGUCACAAAAGCUUUUCCCCAUAAUUGAUUUUGGCUUUAGAACCAGUUGUAGAAGGAUCUCCAAACAUGCGCACUCAUCAUGAUAUGUUUGCAUAGUUGAGCACACGAAGAUAGGCGACUCUAGGAAAGUGUUUAAUUAUUUGAAAUUAAGGCUUAUUGAUUCUAAUUAUUUCAACCUCAUUUGUAAUUCCUUAAACUUGAUUUUCUUGGUUUGGAUUCCCUUGGAUAUUCCCUUAUAGGUCUUUUGUUCCCUACAAAGUUAUCAAGUUUUCCAUGAUCAGAACAUGUUUAUUAUCUCGA